UCUAAGAUUAGUAAGAUGACUAGCGGCUUCAACCACAAUCUGGGAGAAGGAGACUUUGGCCUUGUGUAUAAAGGAAAGCUUGACAGUGGUAGAAUUGUAGCCGUAAAAGUCUUAAAGAUAUCCAAAUUUAUUGCUCGAGAAUUCAUCAAUGAAGUUGCCACCAUUGGUAGGAUUCAUCAUCUCAACGUGGUUCGCCUUGUUGGAUUUCAUGCUGGAAGAUCUAAACACAUUCUUAUAUAUGAUUUCAUGCCUAAUGGUUCACUUGAAAAGUAUAUAUUUUCUGAACAAGGAGCUUCCCCCUUGACUUACAAGCAAAUGUUUGACAUUUCACUUGGCGUGGCUCGUGGGAUUGAGUACUUGCAUGAUGGCUGUGAGAUGAAGAUCUUGUAUUUUGAUAUCAAACCUCACAACAUUCUUCUUGACGGGAAUUUCGUUCCUAAAAUUUCAGAUUUUGGGUUGGCAAAACUGUACCCAACUGAUGAUAGCAUUGUGUCUUUGACUGCCGCUAGAGGGACAUUUGGCUACAUGGCUCCAGAGUUGUUGUACAAUAAUAUUGGAAGAGUUUCACACAAAGCCGAUGUUUAUAGUUUUGGGAUAUUGUUGAUGGAAAUGGAAGGUAGGAGAAGGAACCUAAAUGACUAUGCAAAUCACACAAGCCAAAUUUACUUCCCUUCAUGGGUUUAUGUCUAGUUCAACAAAGGGAAAUGGAUAGAAAUAGGGGAUGCCAGUGAAGAGGAAAAGGUGCUAGUGAACAAGAUGAUGUUGGUGGCUUUGUGGUGCAUUCAAAUGAAGCCCACUAAUCGUCCGUCGAUGAGUAAGGUUGUGGAGAUGCUCGAAGGGAGUGUUGAACUCAUACCUAUGCCUCCCAAGCCCUCUCUUUGCCCAUAAGAAAUGUCAAAUUAAUAUCACAGA